AUGCCAGCCACCCAAGACGUUGCUCUAGAUUCGGACACUGUCCUCGACGCUUUCCGCGAUGUAAAGCAAGCCACCGACGACUUCAUCGUCAACAACCAUCUGGACACAUACUGUGACGAGUUUCUGCCAAAGUCCAACAAGCUCGCCAUUUCCAUUUUCUGUAAUGUUUUCGAAGAGCUCGGCUGCCCAAUUCGAUCCGCAAAGCCAGGCACAAGGCUCGAGCGCAUCAAUCAUGCGCCACAGCACAAGAAAUACGUGGAUUAUAUCUACAGAGUGCUGGAAAAGAAUGCGGGUUUGGUCGAGAUACAUGACAAGGACAUCACCAACGUGACUCGCACGGCAACUGAAUGCCCCAGCAGAGAUCUCGGCCCCAUGUUUGACCAGCUUCUGCAACAGCGGCCAGCUCAAGAAGCUGAGAUCAAGCUCAUGCGAUUGAUGAGUCCCAAGAUAAGCAAGUGUCUCCAGGGAGAAGGGGAGGCCAUCCAUUUCCUUUUCGGCUCUCGUGAGGGACGCAUCCUCCUCGACAGGCUUUACGCCACAUCCGAUGCCAGCAGCACAAUCCUCGAGCAGCUGGAAACCUUUCUGAAGGAAAUCGGCAGCGAGUGGCCAUCGCACACUUCGCCUCUCAAAAUCCUUGAGAUUGGGGCCGGAACCGGGGGCACUACGUCUCGCCUGCUUCCAGCACUGGCGGCACUGAAUAUCCCCAUAGAAUACACCAUCUCGGAUCUCAGCGCUUUGCUCGUCUCUGAGGCAGCCUCUACCUACGCGCAAUACCCCUUCUUGAAGUUCAAGGUGGUCGACAUCGAGAAGGAGCCGGACGAAGAACUGCUCAAACAGCCAACACAUCGUUCUGGGAUCCAAUGUCCUCCAUGCGACCCGAGACCUGGCGGUGUCUCUGAAGAUUAUCCGUUCGAAGACGGCCGUAAGCAUGCUCUGCAGAGUACUCAGGCUUGGGAAAAGGUGAUUUCCUCUGCUGGGUACGGCUUCGUGGACUGGACGGAUGGAAAACGGCCUGAAGCAAAGUCUCAGAAUCUGAUCUUUGCGAUGGCAUCAGACCCCGGGUCGAUAUAUGGCUAA